AGAUGACCGCCGGGUGCUGCUUUGGCAUAUGGAGGAAGCCAUCCACUCCAGAGUCAAGCCGGUCCAGCUGAAAGGGGAGCAUCACUCUAACAUCUUUUGCCUAGCUUUCAACAGUGGGAAUACAAAAGUGUUCUCUGGAGGCAAUGAUGAGCAAGUCAUACUCCAUGAUGUUGAAAGCACUGAGACUCUGGAUGUGUUUGCCCAUGAAGAUGCAGUCUAUGGUCUUUCAGUGAGCCCAGUAAACGAUAACAUCUUUGCCAGUUCAUCGGAUGAUGGCCGGGUUCUUAUCUGGGACAUCCGAGAGUCCUCCCAUGGAGAGCCCUUCUGCUUGGCACACUACCCAUCAGCCUUUCACAGUGUGAUGUUCAAUCCAGUGGAACCCAGGUUGCUGGCCACUGCCAACUCUAAGGAAGGUGUGGGACUCUGGGACAUUCGUAAACCUCAGAGUUCCCUGCUCCGCUACGGUGGGAAUCUGUCCCUUCAGAGCGCCAUGAGCGUGCGGUUCAACAGCAACGGGACACAGCUCCUGGCGCUGCGUCGUCGCCUCCCGCCGGUCCUCUAUGACAUCCACUGCCGACUGCCUGUCUUCCAGUUUGACAACCAAGGGUACUUCAACUCCUGCACCAUGAAGAGCUGCUGUUUUGCAGGUGAUCGUGAUCAGUACAUCCUUUCAGGCUCUGAUGACUUCAAUUUGUAUAUGUGGAGAAUUCCUCCAGAUCCAGAAGCAGGUGGCAUUGGCAGGGUUGUCAAUGGUGCUUUUAUGGUACUGAAGGGUCAUCGGUCAAUUGUAAACCAAGUCCGGUUUAAUCCUCAUACUUACAUGAUUUGCUCUUCUGGUGUUGAAAAGAUUAUAAAGAUCUGGAGUCCUUACAAGCAGCCUGACUGCACAGGAGAUCUGGACGGGAGGAUCGAGGAUGAUUCCCGCUGCCUCUACACGCACGAGGAGUACAUCAGCCUCGUGCUGAACAGCGGCAGCGGCCCGUCCCGAGCCAACCAGUCGGUGCAGGAGGACCCGCGCAUGAUGGCCUUCUUCGACUCCCUGGUGCGCCGCGAGAUCGAGGGCUGGAGCUCCGACUCGGACAGCGACCUCAGCGAGAGCACCAUCCUGCAGCUGCACGCGGGCGUGAGCGAGCGCUCCGCCUACAGCGAGUCCGAGUCCUCCGCCUCUCUGCAUCACUCCCCGCCACAGGCGCCUGAGGAAUCUGAUGAAACUGCCUAUAAUCUAAGGGCCUUAAGGUCGUCUGAAUCCCCCUCAGCCAGAGAAGAUGUAGCAUCCCGUCAGCAGAGGCUCUCUGCGCUUAGAAAGUACCAGGACAAACGUCUCCUGGCCCUUUCUAACGAAUCUGAUUCUGAUGAAAAUACCUGCGAGGCGGAGCUAGACACAGACCUCUUUCCACGGCCACGGUCCCCGAGUCCCGAGGAGAACGAAUCCAGCAGUUCCAGCAGCAGCAGCAGCACCGAGGAAGAGGAGGAACUGAACGAGCGACGCACAUCUAUGAGGCAACGCAAUGCGCUGAGGCGCCGGCAGAAAGCGCAGAAAGAAGAGAGGACUAGCACUAACGCAGAGCAGGUCACCCCCUACAUAGGUGAGGAUAUCUAUGACUAUCCCCAGAUCAAAGUAGAUGACCUUUCUUCUUCUCCAGCUUCUUCACCUGAAAGGAGUUCAGCCAACAAGGAAGUUCUCAAAGAAAGGACCUCUCCUUGUUCAGACAGUGAGUCAGUGGAAAGAAAAAUUUACAAAGCUUACAAAUGGCUUCAUUAUUCUUAUAUAUCAUAUUCAGCUGGUAAAGAUGGCGAAUCCUCCCGUGGAGAUGUGGAAAAUGAUGAAGGGAAACCAGGAACUAGUGGAAGACAUGGUACAACACGCUCAUUAAUUAAGGAAGAUGCUAGGAACUUGAGUUCAGUAACUCCUCAAGGUUCUCCAGGUCUUCCUGCUGCAAACCACAGCAAAGAAACUUUGAAAGAAAGUGGUUUGAUAGAAAAUUCUAGUAAUGGUCAAACUUAUGAAUGUGACAAUCAGCGGCGGAUGGAGGGUCAAGAAAAUGUAUCUGAAGACUCCAGCAAUGGAGCUAUAGAACUUCCUUUUGAGACUAAAAAGCUCAAUGGCAAAGCUAACUGCAAAGGGCUAAGUAGUUGUGCUGAAGAGCCCUGCAUUCAGGCUGCAGGGCUUCUAGAACAGAAACCUAGCCAGAACUGUCAGGCAGCAGCCAGCCAUCCCUCGCUGGCCCCUCCGUUCUGCUCCGUCGCUGUGUGUAGCAUGUCUGGACUCUGCUCCAGAAACCAGACGGCCGACGGCGAGGAGAGGAGCCCCGACCCUUCCUGCGUUAACCACAACAACGGCCACUUGCACCUUCGCCCUUCGUGCUUCAACAACGGACAGAGCUUUGGGGAGCAGGAGCCCGUGAUUCCGGGACGGCAGGUACAUUCGAGCGCCGAUAACGGCAGCCUCGUGCAGCUGGGUGUUUCCUUGCACAGAGACUGCUGCCCGCCUGACACGGACUGCAGGAGCCACGGCGCCAGCGCGAGGGAGGAGGCUCCCGGCCCGCGGCCCGCGGGCAGCGAGAGCGCCCAGGCGCUCGGGGGACUCAAAAGGCACCGAGCGGAGUUGGAGGAUGCAGAUCCAGAGAAUUCGUCCUUAGAAAAGAAGUUAAAAACAUGA